AUGGCUGGCCCACCAGCAAAACGUCAGAAGCGGGAGGAAUAUCGCCGAGCCCAAGCAGCUCAGAAUGAAGGAGGAGUCAAGCUGCCUCAGAAAAAGUUCUACCGCCAGCGCGCGCACGCAAAUCCCUUCUCUGAUCAUCAACUAGACUACCCUAUCAGCCCGGCGCAUAUGGACUGGGCCUCUCAUUUCCCCGCAUAUAUCGAUCCAGACACUUCCAAGGCGAACAUUAAUGGCGAACGACGCCUGGUCAGAGAUGUUGAAGUGGUAGAUAUCGGCUGUGGGUUCGGAGGACUGCUGGUCGGGCUCGCUCCCGUCUUGCCGCAGACUUUGAUUCUGGGCAUGGAAAUCCGGAUCUCGGUUCUUGAAUACGUGACCACGCGUAUCCAGGCUCUGCGCACUCAGCAAGCGCAGCUCAAGACUCCUUCGUCUACACCCCAGCCUGCAGAACCCUCCGGCACCGACGCUGCAUCGCCGUCUGAUGCCUCUGAGAUUCCUCCGGCGCGUCCCGCAUCUCUUGUGCCUGGAGGAUAUGAAAACAUUUCCGCCAUUCGCAGUAAUACCAUGAAAUUCUUCCCCAACUUCUUCACCCGCCACCAACUGUCUAAGAUCUUCAUCUGCUUCCCCGAUCCGCACUUCAAGGCUCGCAAGCACAAGGCGAGAAUCAUUUCAGAAACCCUCAAUGCGGAAUACGCCUAUGCCUUGCGUCCUGGCGGCCUUCUGUACACCAUCACCGACGUCGAGGAGUACCAUCACUGGAUCCUGAGACAUUUCCACUCACAGAGUGGAGAGGAAGUGGCCGCCGAUGCGGCGGAACCGGCCGAACAGGUCGCAGACACGGGCAUCAAAGAUCUCUGGGAACGGGUCUCGGAUGAAGAAUUGGAGAAGGAUGAGUGUGUCAAAGUCAUGAAAAUAUCCACAGAGGAAGGGAAGAAAGUCGCCAGAAAUAAGGGCAACAAAUAUGUUGCUGUGUUUCGACGAAAGGCGGACCCAGAGUGGCCUGCUUGA